GUUAUUGGCAGACUACGGUCCAGACAGGCGUACUAGACAGAUUACUACCGCCACCGAAUACAGAAAUCACGUUGCGGGCGACCGGUGAUUCAGGAGCGCAGCAGCCCGCCCGCCUGUCCUCCAUUUGUGGGUCUGGAUUGGAGGAGUCGGCCGGGAGCUAACCUCACCCACAAAAACUGUUCACAUAAGACCAGACACGAUCCAAUCCGAUGGAGGCCGCGGUGCUGAACCCCCAAAUCAUGCCGGAGGUGGACUGCAACAGCAACAGCCUGAACGCCGAGCUGGAGGUGAAGAAGCUGCAGGAGCUGGUCCGGAAGCUGGAGCGCCAAAACGAGCAGCUGCGGACGCGGGCGAGCGGCUGCGCCGGCGGCCCGCAUGUGCUGCCACCGUCGCCGGCGUGCGUCCUCGGCGGCACCGGGGGCUACUGCCUGCCCAGCCCGCUGCCCACCCUGCUGUGCCAGUCGUCCUUGGGGUCAUUCGCGCCGCCGGAGGAGCCUUUCGACUAUUUCCACACGCACACCGCCGGUGAUGGUGCGGCUGCGGGGGAGGCGGAGGACGCCGAGCCCACCGUCCUGGACGAGGUGGAGCUGCUGGACCUGGACUCUCUGCUGUCCUCAGAUGAUUCCGAUGAAACAUGGUUGUUUGCGUCCAAGUCCAGAGAGACAGCCGAUUCCUCCCUGUCCCCUCUGCAGUGGUGCCGGCAGGUGCUGGACUGUCCCAAAUCAGAGGUGGAGGCUGCCAGGCGAUCACUGUCCCUCAGACUGGAGCAAGUCUCCAGGUGGCGCGGCUCCUUUUCCAGCCCCUCCUCCUCCUCCUCCUCCCCCCCUGUCCCUCCUCUGAGCCGAGUAGCCGGAGUGUCGCCCAUCAGCGCCUCCCCGUCCACAAAGCCCUGCUCCACCCCCCAGUCAUCUGACAGACAUGCCUCAUCCCUGUCCUCCCCCCUCCACCCGGCCCUCCAUCGGACACUGAGUCCCAUAGGCAAGGAGCUCUCCCCUGUCGCUGAGCGGACUCCCACCUUCCUCCCUCACCUCGCCGGCCGCAGCCGCAGUCUCUCGCGCUCGGCCCUCAGUCCCCAGUCGUCCAUGGACAGCGAGCUCAGUGGUCCGGAGGUGGAAGACGACUCCAUCACCCUGGGAUACAAACUGCAGGAUCUCACCGACGUCCAGGUUAUGGCCCGGCUGCAGGAGGAGAGUCUGAGGCAGGACUUCGCCAGCACAUCGUCCGUCCUGGCCAACCGCCGCAGCCAGAGCUUCUCCUUCCAGCUCGGCCAGCUCAGCGCCGCACCCGGCCUGGAGGAGGAAGACGAGGAGGAAGAGGAGGAAGACUACGGCCUCCUGCCUCCGCCGCAGCCCCGCUUCACCCGCCUGCCCCACUCCCACACCUUCUCCAGCAUCCGAGACUGGCGAAGAAGCACCAGCUCCCUCUCCACCCCUCCUUCCACCCCCUCCACCCCUCCGUACCCUUCCGCAGGAUUCGCCAUUCAGCCCCAGCCUCAGCCUCAGGCCCUCGGACUGGCCAGCCCCUACGCGUCCGAGCCGCAGGGCUUCAGACCAGGAUCAGAUAAGCUGCGGAGGAGCAUGCCUAACCUGGUCAGGGCUCCCAGCAUGCCGAGUGUGCCCAUCCCAGCCAAUCCUAGUGCUUCCCCUUCUUUGCUUCGCAGCAGCCAAAGCUUCGACUCAUCCAGCGGGCUCGCUCGGCUGCAGUCCUCAAUCCCUUCCCCAGGCCAGCUGCAGAACAGGGUCCAGAGCGUGGGGAACUUCACCUCGUUGUCACGGCAACCGCUGAAGGCCACCGCAUACGUCAGUCCCACCAUCAAGGGCUCAGGCUCCAUGCCGACCUCCACCAGCCUCCAGUCUCUGAGCAGCAGCAACAUCAGCAUCAGUAACAGCGGGCUCGUCAGUGGGAUCCCUCUGCUCAGUAAAGUGGCUGGCACGCCCACUUCCACACCAGUCACCCCCCGCAGCGGCCUGCCACGCCCCGCCUCCUUCAUAGGAACCACAAGCUCCACUCCCCGCAGCAAGAUUGCCCAACCAGCGCGCAGCUUACUGACACCUCCAAAGAGCUUGUCCACCCUCAGUGCCCUUCGUGAUGGUACCUGGAGAGACGGCUGCUACUGACAAAUGGAUCAACAGGUGGAAAUGAAUAUGAAUGGAUGAAGAUGAGAGGAAUCUGUGUGGAGGUACCCUGCUGGCAGGGGUUACUCACUGCACCACAACAAGUUGUUGACAUGGGAACAGGGCUGACCAAAAAGUAGUUACCUUGAAUUUUCACGCGCCUACACUUGGGGGAAAAGUGAAUUUGAGAUCUUGCACAGAAUAAUAGUUAAAUGUCAUGAAAAGAGGCUACAAUAAAGGAUCCACAUAUAUGGUGAACUGACCUCUCAACAUUCAAUCCUAUGCAGAAUUUCCACUCCAGUCCAGAAACGGGUAAGGCGGUUUGUGUUUUGGCUGGAUUUUCAUCUCAAAUCCCAAUUAAUGACACAUUGACAGUCAGAGUGAAGGGAGAACAUUGACUUUGAAUUUGGUCUGUGCCAAGGGGGAGUUGUUCCCUGUUGCUCUUGUGCAAUAAACCACUGGCUCUCGGGUACCAGUAACACUAACCUGCUAAAGAGGGCUGCCAGUUUUUUUACUAACUAAGCCUCACAUUCUUUUAUUUAUUGAUUUUUCUUUUCCUUUACAUUUUUGACUACUAAUCAGGUGUUUUCCCUCUGGCAAGGAACGCCAAUGAUGCUGCUAAAAUUGAAUCGGUCCCUGUAGUUUGGGCACAUUUGGUCUCAUUUUUACAAGGCAAUGAUUUGCUUUAUAGUAUUUAUUAGUGUACAAACGUUAAUGAUUAAGUGUGCAUAUAUAUAUUGAUGCAAUAUUAUUGAAUUUUAAAUGUGAUACAUAUUGACCAAAAUGAAAACGUCUGAAUGUGUUUACAAAAUUGUCUCACCACGGAAGCGGCGCCACAGAACUUUGUGCAUAUUAACACUUUUGAAUUAUUUAAUGGCAUAUAAGGUAUCUGUUCUUGUUGCACUUUGUACACGUAUCUGAACUUUAUGAAUUUUUUUGUUCUACUUAUGUUUACUAACAUUGCACUUCCUUUGCAGUUCUUUCUUCUUGAUUUAGGAAAACAAUGGAAUAGAUGUUUAUUAAAUGUUUUUGACUGUUUUUGGAGGAUUUCAUGAUUAUACACGGCAAAAUGUAGCACUUUUUUCUUUGUAAUAUUUAACUUAUAUGUUUUUAAAUGACAGUUACUUCAUGGCACAUUUCACAAAAUCUUAACACUUUUGUUACUGUGCUUGACUGAAUGAGUGAAACGUUUUAAUAAAACACAUUGAGUAAAUAA